GGUGGAUAUAAUAGCACAACAUUUAAGCGCUCAUGGCAUUCGCUGGUGCCUACAUUAGUCAUAUCACAAAAAUCACCCAUGGAAAAUCGAAUUUAGGCACAGCACACCAACAGCAAUUAGGAGGAACGUCAUUGAAUAAUGACGACACCAGCAAUAGUGUCGACAGCAGACCCACAACGGAUGAUGACAAUAAUAAUAGUAAUGAAUAUACAGAAGCUAAUUAUCCUGGUGUAUUGGAUACAGAGUUAACAUCCCUGACAACCGCACAGCGAAACAUCUUUAUAGUGACACUGACCAUACUCUGUUUACUGUCGCUAUGUGGUAAUAUGUGUACGCUCUUUGUAAAUUUUCGCCGUAAAAUACGUCCGUUCUUUCGGGCAUGUCUCAUAUCGUUGGCAUUCAGUGACUUGAUGAAUACAGUGUUUCUGACCACAGCCUAUUUGUCACAGUUUACGGCCGAAUACGUUCAGAUCUGGCGUUUAGGAAAUUUGAUGUGCAGUUUUGUACCUUUUGCCACAACGUCUGCCAUUUUAGCCAGCAGCAUGACUUUAGUUGGCAUUGCCGUAGAUCGUUAUUUUGCGGUGAUGAAGGCCGUAAUCGGUUUUUGGAAUCCAAGUGUAAUUAGCUGCAUUGUCUGUAUGUUAUGCAUUUGGUUGGCUUCCAUUGGUAUUGCUUGUCCCGUAUUCACUAUUUACGAUUUAAUACCGGUGUACAUUUUGACGGAAGAACAUGAAACGAUGAAUGCGACAGGUUGGUCAACAACAACAGCAACGGAAGCAGUAGCUACAAAUACAACUACCACUUCUAAAUCGCCUUGGGAAAUAGAAGCAGCACUAGAGGAUUUAUCCUAUACUUUGGUGCGUGAACAAAAACUUGUUAACAUGUGCGUAUCGGAUCAAAAUAACGUCGCUCUCUAUUAUGCCAUUGUGUUCGUUAUAAUCUUCAUACCCUGUAUUGGAGCAUUCUUUUGGUUCAACUCUAUAAUAGCCCGAAAAUUAUGGAAACGUCGACAUAUUGCUGCCAUUACUAAAAAGAGAACUCUUAAGGCGAAAACAAAAAAUCAAGCUAAAUGUAGCGAUGCACCCUGCACGAUCGAAACACCUAAAACAGAACAACCCAAAUGUUCUUUUCUCUCAACGAAAAACUGUAAUUGUAAAUCGGUUCACACCUCCAGUUCUACAUUGCCUAGUAGUUUGACUAAUACUUUGGGUGGUAAGGUGACAACAGCAACUAGUGCCAGUGCAACAACUAACAACACUUCUAAUGUUACCGCUAAUAAUUCUCGAGAAGCUAGACAUUUGAGAAUGUUUACCAUUAUACUCCUAAUGAUGGCUGUCUUCGUUUUCCUACGUUUGCCCGCCUGGAUCUUUCUACUGAUGCGCAUGUAUGGCAGCUAUACAAAACCUGGACAUUGGAUUUUAUAUUUUGUCUUUGGUUUAAUGAAUUUAGCCAGUUCCGUUUUAAAUCCUUUAUUUUAUACAUUCCUCACCGAAACUAUACAAUAUACCUUAAUUUUUAAAGCCAAAGUUUCUUCACUGCUCUGCUGUUGCUAUUCGCAACUCUGCUGCUGUUGUUAUCGUGUCAAAUAUGGUGCCCACAAGGAAACAACUUCUUCAGCUAGCUUUCCUCCCAACCCCGAUGAAUGUCAUUCCAAUAUACACAUGGAAAAUGUAAAAGAACCCUGGCAUGCGAAAAUACAUUGUUGUGAAUAUCUUUGCGGUUGCAGUGGUUUUCUACGUGCCUCUUUGAGUUGCUAUCAACCUCAUUUGAAGACUGAACACAAAUACAAAGUCCAUACACAUUCCGUACCGUAUGAAAAUGAAAAUCAUUCUAAGGAGGAGUCGGUAGGUGGUCAAGCUACCAAUAAUGAUAAGGAUGAGGGUGUUGAUUGCAGUGAUGAAAUAGAUGACGAAGAUGUUCGUGACUUUUAUGAAUAUAAUCAAAGAAUUUAUACAAUAUUUCCACCAUCUUUGGUCUCCUCAUCGAUAAAUUCACAGAUGUCGUAA